AUGCUGGGUAUCAUCGAACUCGGCAUUCAGUAUCGAACAUGGCGCUCAAAAGCUGCAAAAGGCAAAAAGAGCCCGAGAAGUGCUCCAUCUACGCCGUUGGCCAAAAUGGCUAAGCAAUUAAAUGAAGAGUCGAUUUCGUUAGAGUCAGUGAUGGCCGAAUUCAAGCUGUCAAACACGACACUCCGUCGAAUGAUGUCCCAUAUGUCGGAUAAUAUGGACCGGGGACUGGAAUCCGGUCUGGAACGGUCCACUAUUGCAAUGUUGCCCUCGUUUGUACCGGAAUUACCUAAUGGAAAAGAACGCGGAAAGUUCGUGGCCAUGGAUCUGGGAGGUACGAAUCUCCGUGUGAUGCUCAUGGAGCUCGAGCCCGGUGAGCCAAUGAGAACGAAACAAUUCAAUACGAGAAUGCCGAAUGCGGCGAUGCAUGGAACUGGUGAAAAACUCUUCGACUACAUUGCCAAAGCCCUGUGCGAUUUUUUGAUCGAAAGAGAGUUGGCUGAGGAAUGUCUUCCAGUUGGUUUCACAUUUUCCUAUCCAUGCGAUCAAACUGGACUACGGUCGGCCACAUUGCUCAGAUGGACCAAAGGAGUGACUGCUACAGGAUGCGUUGGUGAAGACGUCGUACAGCUCCUGGAGGAUGCGAUAAAACGAGACGGACGUGUGAAAGUGAACAUCGUCGCGCUGAUUAAUGAUACUGUAGGAACGAUGGUCGCCGCCGCGUACGAGGCUGGUGGACAUUGUGAUAUUGGUGUUAUUAUUGGUACCGGCACGAAUGCCUCCUACAUGGAAUCAUCGAAAAAAAUCGUGCAUGGUCUGGCGAAUGCCACAGAAGAGUAUAAUCAUAAAACGAUGAUCAUUGAUACGGAAUGGGGAGGAUUUGGUGAUAACGGAGAAGCUGAUUACAUUUUCACACGAUACGAUAAGAUUGUCGACUCGAAAUCCGACCAUCCGGGUGUCAAUUCCCUUGACAAGCUGAUUGCUGGAAUGUGCAUGGGCGAGCUGGUACGGUUGGUGCUGGAGCGGCUAUGCGAGAAUAAAGUGCUCUUCAAUGGAAUCGGAUCGAAAAUGUUGCGGACGAGGAACACAUUUCCAACCAAAUACAUUUCGGAAAUUUUGCAUGACGAUUGCGGUGUCUACAGUAAUACCCGCCAGAUAAUGGACGAAUUAGGCAUUGAGGGAGCCACUUUCAGUGAUAUGCUCUUGCUCCGUGAAGUUUGUGUGGUUGUGUCGAGGAGGAGUGCCAAUUUGGCAGCGGCUGCAAUCGCCUGUGUCCUGAAUCGUGUGCGUCGACCCAAUAUGCUAGUGGCAAUCGACGGGUCCACAUACAAAUAUCAUCCAUUUUUCAAUCAUUGGGUCUGCGAGAAGAUUCGAGAGCUCUUGGACCCGGGACUUGACUUCAAAAUCGUGCAAACCGGAGAUGGAUCGGGUCGUGGAGCGGCUCUCAUCGCUGCAAUUGUGUCGAGAGUGAAACGAGAGGAAGAGAAAAGACUCAGAGAUCUGGAAAUCCAACGUCAAAAAGCUGCGGAAGCCGAGGAGAAACGUCUUCUGGAGAUCGAGGCGGAGAAGGAAGAGGCCGAGGAGAGAGCGCGAAAGAUUUCCGAAAUGAUGAGAUAUCAAAUCGAGCGAGGAGCUGAAGAAUCGCAUCAACGCUUUGAAUAA